AUGUGCCAGGCCCUGCUGAGCUCAGGGCGCCGUUCCAACGUCUUCUCUUUGCCACCAGAAAUCCUACAUCUUAUCUUCUCGGAGACUUUUGCAACAGACGCCUGUGCGGUGCAGCGGUUGCGAAGCGUCGAUCGCGCAUGGAAUGCCCUUGCAAACGGCCUCGUCACGGGGCUCAGAGUUGCGCCAACGCCAGCGCCAUUCGAGCUUGCCGCGCGCCUUCCCAACAUAAAAAUGAUUAUCAUCGAUCCUUCCGACACCCAAGCCGCAAGCGGCGCCAAACUCGCAGCUCUUCUUGCGCAAUUAUCCUCGUUGCCGGCCCUGGCGCGUCUUUCCAUCCACGCCAUCUGCUCGGCCGCCACAGCAGCCCUCACCAACCUCAGCCGCAUCAGCCGCCUUGAAUCCCUGGACCUAUCCCGCUGCGAUCUAUCAGACCUUCCGCCUUCAGUCCUCGAACUGCAAAAACUCGAGGCUCUACGAGCCGCGGAUUGCGGACUUUCUCGCCUAGGCGACCUGGGCGCCCUCGCCGCCUGCCUGCGCUGCCUCGACCUCAGCGGCAACAAGUUGACAAAGCUACCGGAUGGCCUCUCGCGCCUCAGCCGUCUGACGUCCCUCAACGUGAGCAACAACAAGCUGUCAAGCGAGGUGCUAGUGCCCGAGCUGGGUGCUCUUCGGGAGUUGGCUGAUCUUGACGUCGGCGGAAACAGUCUGGGUGUACUGCCAGGCUGUCUCCCGUGCCUCACGGCGCUCACCCGACUGGACGCGUCCGACUGUGACCUGGCCGCCCUGGGGGGGUCCGGACUUGAGCUGCUCACAGGUCUUCGCCAGCUCAACCUAAGUGGCAACUGGCGUCUGGGGCACUGCACGCCAGUCGUCACCGAGCUGACUCAACUGACACAGCUGGACGUGUCGGGUUGCGGGCUGGUGGGACUCCCUGUCGUACUGGGCUCUGCGACCCAGCUUCUGCAACUGCACCUCUCUGCCAACGACCUGCAACAGGUGCCCGAGUGCGUGUCCCGCCUCACCCGGCUCCGGUCGCUGCAUCUGGACUUCAACUCCCUGUCAGUCCUGCCCUCCUUCCUGGCGGCCCUCUCCGCCCUCACCUCCCUGGACCUCAGCGGCAACUCCCUGACCGACCUGCCCGCCAGCAUGAGCCGACUGACGGCCCUGAGGCACCUCACGCUGGCCAGCAAUGCACUGGAGAGGGUUCCCGACUGCGUGGCGAACAUGACAACUCUGCAGGAGCUGGACCUCUCCUGCAACCGGCUAGCUGCCCUCCCCGUCGCCCUGUGCUGCUCCUUGCCUUCCCUGGACUUCCUCUCCCUCGCCGGCAACUGCCUGACCCGGCUGCCCCCGGAGAUCAGCCGCCUGUGCCGCCUCACCUGGCUCGAUGUGGCGGACAACCGGCUGGACGGUCUGCCCGGGACAUUGGCGGACAUGGAGGGCCUGUUGGUGCUCAAGCUGCGGGGGAACUGCCUGGUGUCGCCCCGGCCGCCGGCGUUUAAGCGGUGGAUGGCGCGUAUGCGUUGCAGGGCGGCUGCCGCAGCCAGUGCAACUGCGGCGGUGGACGCAGCGGCCUGGGGGUUGUCGAUGUCGGGAUCUUGGUCGGUGAGGGUAGCGGCGGCGGCGGCGGCGGUGCCGUGUGCGCCCAGUGAGCGGGCGCGAGCGGCGGCCGCGGCGGACCUGGAGGCGGAGUACGAGGAUGAGGAGGAUGGCAGCGAGAGCGGGGGCAGUGGUGGGGGUGCGGGUGAGGAGGAGGGCGAAGACGAGGAGGAGGAAGAAGGAGAAGAAGACGAGAACGGCGAUGUGGUGAUGGCAGUGGCGGAGGCGGAGGCGGCAGGGCUGGGUGAAGGGUGGGAUGACGGCGAGGAGCCGUUGGCUGGCGGCGGUGUUCAUGGGGUCCAUGGGGAUGAGGGAGGCGCGCAGGUGGCGGGUGUUGGGGGUGGGGGUGGCUUGGGGCUGGGAGAUGCAGCUUCAGAAGAUGAUGCGGAUUCGGACAGCGACGGCGACAAUCAGGGUGGGGAUGAAGACGAUGAUAUUGUCAUCGGCGGCGACAGCGACAGCGAGGGGUCCGAGGCGGAAGGAGUCAGCGAGGAGGGCGAUGGUGGAGGUGAGGGUGGUGCCGGUGAGGGAGAGGAGGACUUGGGGGUAGUGGCAGGAGGAGCGGAGCAGGCGGAAGGGGAGGAAGAGGACGAGGAGGGCGGAUCAGAUGGAAGCGAAGAUGAAGAAAAUGGCGGGGAGGAAGAGGCGGAGGUGGGGCCUGAGGCCGAGGGGGCAGCGGCUGCAGGAGGCCAGGAAGUUCUGGGAGCCCGGUGGUGGGAGGUUCUACCGGUAGCUAGCGACCUCGCCAAUGCGAAGUCGGAUACGGAUUCAGCGCUUGUCAGCGAUUGCCCUGGAGUUUCAGGUCUUGGGGAGGGCUUCCACAGCGAGGGUGUCCCCCGGGCACACAAGGUAUACGGCCCUCCACAGUCCAAGCGUGUCAUCCACUUUGUGGCUCAGCAGCAAUGCAGCACGUCGUUUGGAGAAAGUGACCGAGAACCAACGUCAACUUCUCCAACCCACGUCAACAAUCGCAACCACAAAAACGCAACGAAACAUAAUCACUGCUUGGACCUCCAAUUAUAAAAACCAUUAAAAAAACAUUUUUCAUUUCGCAGUACCCUUCCUCCCCAUCAACGACACCUCCUGCAGCCCAGAAGUCAUCUCACAGAACAACCAAACGCCCCC